AUGGUAGUAAAUUGCUCCAGCAGCAAGCGCCCCCAAUGUGCAGAGUCCAUGUCUGACUGGAUGGCCAAGAAGUUGCGCACUGAGGCAAUACUUGCAGCUCUAUUGAUAGAGACCAAGGAAGAUUCCGAAACUUUAGCUCUCCUUUCUGGACCAAUCAAGGAGGCUUCAAAUAUUUUGCAAGAGUUGAUCAACAUUCAUAUUGAUGGAAAAGUUAUAUUAGCAGUCCAAGGUCAGGUCAAAGAUGAUAAGCCUACCUUUAUUGAGCGACUAGCAGUAAAAUCUAUUUGUGGAGUCUUUGAAAACUUGUUGACUGCUCAAGUUGGCAUUCCAAAUGAACAGCUUCUGCAAGUCAUUUCUGUCUUGUUCCUAAAACUUUAUAGGUGCCGCAUGUUUAUUUGAAGAGUAUAGUACUCAAAC